CAUGGCAACAACAUCCACUCGUUUUUACGUCACCGCUGUUGUCCAUUGUCCACCGAACAUGCAGCUAAGGGGAGAGCUGCCUCGUUCCUUGUAGUAAACACGAACUACAGAUGGACCGCAGUUUAAAGCGCCGGCAGGUGAAACCACUUGCUGCCUCUCUCUUGGAUGCCUUGGACUAUGACAGCUCAGAUGACAGUGACUUUGAAGUAGGAGAUGCCUCAGGAUCAGAUGGCACAGGCAAUGGCAGUGAUGAGGAAGGGUCUAAAGCAAGUGCUGCUGGGUCAGAAAGUGAUUCGGAGAAAGCUGGUUCUGCAGACGAUGGAAUAGAUGAAGAGGAGGCCAAAGAUCUGGCCGCUGAGGACAACUUAACGGAAGAUGAAGACAAGACCAAACAGCAGCCUUCCUCAGACAGCUCCACCAAAGACACCCCUGCUGUCACCCCACCCAAAAGCCGACGCAAGAGCAAGAAGACACCAGAGCCAGAGCCUGAACCUGAACCUGUUGCAGCUGCUGCCACUGAAUCUACCUCAGCAUUGGAGGCUGCCAGCGCUAACACGGAUGAGUCUCAGUCUGAGCCCAAGAAAUGGAAUUUCCGCAGGAACCGCCCACUGCUGGACUUCACCACCAUGGAAGAGCUGAAUGAGAUGGACGACUACGACAGUGAGGACGAUAAUGACUGGAGACCGACAGGAGGGAAGAAGAAAGGCAAAGCAACAGCUCAGAAAGGAGGGACUGAGGAGGAGGAGGGAGGCAGUGCUAGUGACGAUGAUGAUGAUGAUAAUGAUGACGACGACGAUGAUGAUGACGACGAUGAGGAUGACGAGGACGAUGACAAGGAAGAUGGUAAUGACAACAACAACAGUAGCAGUGAUAGUGAGAAAGAGGUGAAGAAGCCCAAGAAGAAGGCCAAAAGCACCAGUGCAUUUGAUGAAGAGCUGACUAAUGACAGCAUGUCCCAAGGAAAGGGCAACGAGGAUGCCUUGCUGGACCGGUCCCAGACCUGGAGCACUCAGCACAUCCUCAUCUGCUGUGUGUGUCUGGGUGACAACAGCGAGGACGCCGAUGAGAUUAUCCAGUGUGACAACUGUGGGGUGACCGUGCACGAAGGAUGUUAUGGCGUGGAUGGUGAGAGUGACUCUAUCAUGAGCUCCGCAUCAGAGAAUUCAACGGAGCCCUGGUUCUGUGAUGCCUGUAAGAAUGGAGUGACUCCCAGCUGUGAGCUGUGCCCCAACCAGGAUGGCAUCUUCAAAGAGACGGAUGCCGGGAGAUGGGUGCAUGUGGUUUGUGCACUUUAUGUUCCUGGAGUAGCAUUUGGAGACAUUGAUAAACUACGACCAGUGACGCUGACAGAGAUGAAUUAUUCAAAAUAUGGGGCCAAGGAGUGCAGUUUCUGUGAGGACGCGCGCUUUGCCAGGACAGGUGUGUGCAUCAGCUGUGAUGCAGGGAUGUGUCGCUCUUAUUUCCAUGUCACCUGUGCUCAGAGGGAGGGACUCCUGUCUGAGGCUGCAGCGGAGGAGGAUAUUGCUGAUCCAUUUUUUGCAUACUGCAAACAGCAUGCAGACCGCUUUGACAGGAAGUGGAAAAGGAAGAAUUAUCUGGCCUUACAGUCUUACUGUAAGGUCUCUCUGCAGGAGAGAGAGAAACAGCUUACUCCUGAAGCUCAGGCCCGAAUCACUACCCGCCUGCAGCAGUACAGGGCAAAAGCAGAGCUUUCCAGGAACACUCGGCCUCAGGCAUGGGUGCCCCGGGAGAAGUUGCCGCGACCUCUGACCUCUAGUGCCUCAGCCAUCAGGAAGCUGAUGAGGAAGGCAGAGCUGAUGGGCAUCAGCACAGACAUUUUCCCUGUAGACACAUCUGAUGCCAAUGCGAGCUUGGACGGACGCAGGAAACACAAGCAACCUGCCCUCACAGCAGAUUUUGUCAACUACUACCUAGAGCGGAACAUGCGAAUGAUCCAGAUCCAGGACAACAUCUCUGAGCAGAAGAACUUGAAAGACAAGCUGGAGAGCGAGCAAGAAAAACUGCACGUGGAGUACAACAAGCUUUGUGAAUCCCUGGAGGAGCUACUGAAUGUCAAUGGAGAGCUACGAAGUGAAGGCCAGGCCAUGUGGACACUACUGGGGGACAUCCUCGGCCAGAAACUAAACACCCCAGCUGUUCUGAAAGCCCCAAAAGAGAGGAAACCCAGCAAGAAGGAGGGAGGAUCCCCAGGGAAGUCAUCCAGCCUGCCAGCAAUCCUCUACAGCUGUGGCAUCUGUAAGAAAAACCAGGACCAACAUCUGCUGGUGUUGUGUGACACUUGCAAGCUUUACUAUCACCUGGGCUGCCUGGAGCCACCAUUAACACGCAUGCCCAAGAAGACCAAGAACAGCUAUUGGCAAUGCUCCGAGUGUGAUCAGGCCAGCAGCGAUGAGGCUGAUAUUGCCAUGGAGACGCUACCGGACGGCACCAAGAGGUCCAGAAGGCAGAUCAAGGGACCAAUCAAAUUUAUCCCACAGGAGAUGUCGCCAGAGCCCAAGAAACAUCAAGUGAGAGGCACGAGAACCAGGGGGCAGAAGAGGAAGAGAGUUCCCAUCUGUGAAGAUCGAGAGGAUAAAAUCGAGGAACCACUGCCACGGGAACGCCGACAACGGCAGUCUGCAAUGCAGAAAAAACCCAAAGCAGAUGACACAAGGACUGAGUGUACAACCUGCAAAGGACCGGGUGACAACGAAAACCUUGUGAGGUUUUGAGAGCCGGGGCAGCCACCUCACCUCCCAUAAAAACUCGGGCCAGAUGACCAUUGGCUUAGAGACAGAGAGAGGCAGAUUGAGGCGUUUGAAGAAAGGCGCUGGGGUCAGGCUGAAGAACGAGACCGCCAUGCUGCCCCGCAACCACCUCUGAACCAAACUGGACCAACAACUGUCCAACGAAAAUUGGGUGGAGCUGUCUAAAUCUGAGUGUUGUUGGAGCCCUUUUUUUUUUUAUUUAAUGUUGAACCCUUUGCUCUUAGCUGUCUUAACACUCCACAAUUUACCAAUUGUGGCACCAGUUGCACCUAUGCAAUUGCCUGCAUCUACAAAGUUUUGACCAAGAAAGAAAAAGAUGUGUCAUUAUACAAUUACUGAUUAAUUAUUAUUGAGUAUUAAACUAUUUUGGCCCAUUAACACAACACCUCUGUUGCACUCAUUAGGUAGCAUUAAACACAAACAAGAAGAGAAUGACUGGAGAGCUUACCGUCAAGCCAGAUGAUGGAUGCAACUGUUCCAGGAAAUUGAGUCCUGAUAUCUUUGAGGAUCCCAUGAUUUGGUUAACUUAGGAUUAAGGUUAGUAAUGUAAUAGGGUUAGAGAUAGCAUUGUUUAAUGUAAUGUAUUUCCUUUAGAAACAAGAUGUUGGACAGGGAUGGAUCUAUCAACUAUGAAGUAAAUCAAAUCAAACUGUUUUGAUAGGACAGUAUACCCACUAUUGAAACAUGAAGACCACUGUAGAUUUCUAUGAAAGGAAACUUCCUAAAUAGCUCAAGCACCCAUGGAAUCUUUAAGAUUGUGUUCAAAUGUGGCUGUUGUAUAUAAUAAGUUUGCCCAAAGCCUCUUGACUGCUCACAUGGUAGCUGAGCUUCCCUCUGUAAUAAAUGAGUGUAAGACUCUGUGCUCGUUGGUUGCAGUGUUUAAACACACGAAACACUCAAGCUGCUAUAAAAGACAGAAAACUGCCGUGCUCAGUUGAUUUUUACUCCCUCUGACUUUGGACGCUAUCUCAAAUAAUUCCUCUCCAUGCCUGCAGGGGCUCACCUGCAUCCAACAUGUAUUUUAAAUCUUGUAGAUGAACUAUUUUUUUUUCAUUGGUACUGGGCUGGUGCUCUGCUUUUUUGUCCCCAUUAGACUUCCCCAUCAGUACCAAUCAGUAUUAUUGACUGAAGUUAUCUACCAGUGUGAAUUCUGUUCAUUUAGAAAGCACUUGCACUUCCCAGAUGUGAGUGUUGCUUUUUCUAAGUAAAUGGAGGACCAGAAGUAAGAAAAAAUUAGUGUUGUAAAUAGAAGACCCAACUGUUUCAUAUGUAUCAAGUGUAGCAGUUAAGUGAUGCUACCAUAAAGCAUCUGUAGUAGAAACAAUCUAGUGUAGUUAGCAGUAAUAGCACUUAAAUAUUUGUCCAGUCUUCUCUAGUGUUUCAAAGCAUUUGGAAGUCUUCGUCUGUCAUAUCUUGAAGUGACAGUGAAACUGCCACGUCCUCAGAAAGAAGCCCGGUUUUGUCUCCGUGUCCCCAAAGGACCAUAGUCAGUGCUGUCAAAACAACAGCUGCUUGCUGUUCUGUCAGGGCUCAUGACAAGUGUCACACUCUGCCCUCAUAUGUCACUCUGUUGCCUAUCCAGGGUCCUAUAUGCAUGCUUUUGGGAGCAGUCAAGCCCAUGCAGUUCCUUGCUUUUUGUCUCCCUACAGUGUACGCCAUGUUGGGUUUGUCUUGAGAAGGGAGAUCUCAGUGUAAUAUGACUUGGUGACCCUUGACCAGUCCUUUCCUAUCGCUCAUACUCAGUCUUAAAGACAGCAUGUCACUUCAACAAUGCAUGGCUAUAUCUACUUACUUUUAGAUCUGUACAGUAAUUUAAAACUGAAAAUAAGUGAUGUGGUCUUGUAGAAUUUGAAUGCCAGGUAACUAUGUAGUGUGACAGUGUGUACAGUAUUUAUUGCAGAGGUCAAACAUACAUGUCUUUACUUUUUGUGCCUACAUACUUGAUUAUAUAGCAUAAGCUUGUGUUGUGAACAGAGUUUAGCUCUGAUUUGUGAUGUAGUCUUACAGUGACUACCAUAUUUUCUUUGAGUUGCCAAACAUUUGUUUACAGACAUGCUUUUAAAGGGACUAUUUCUGAUUAAUUGUCUAGUGUAUAGUGUAUUACUGUGGUACUGUAUGGAGUAAGAAUGUGAAUGUGGCUGCUGUUAUGUAUGUGAAGUGUCUCAGCCUCUAGCCCAUAGCUCUUGAAAAUUCAGCAGAGCUUUAAUAAACUCUUGACUUUUUCACCUUA